UUCGACUCGAAAUGCCCGCAACUCAAGAAAACGAGGCCGCAAAGACGCUGGCUAUUCUCGAAGAAUGGUUCAAGAGCCAUCGCGUUGUAUACGAUGAGCAUGCAAUUCAAUUGAAGCCCAAUGUGAGGGGUGCUGUAGCGGACGGACCUGCCUUUGGUGUCAUUGCAAAAAUGAACCUUUUGGAAGGGGACACAGUUUGUACGAUCUCAAAAGACGCAGUUGUCUCCGUGAAGAACUGUGGGAUAGCUGAUAUCAUCGAAGAAGCAGAGAUAGGAGGAGUAUUCGGGCUUGCUUUUGCGUUGAUGUACGAGCUCUCUCUCGGCGCUCGCUCCCCAUGGAGCGGCUACCUUCAAUCUCUGCCCCAGCGCGAAAACCUCCCAAUGUUUUGGAGCGAUCAAGACUUGGAGGAGCUAAAUGGGACGGAUCUUGGCGAUGAUAUUGUUGCGGAUAAAGCGCUACUCCUUGACGACUAUGAGACCAUGAUACUCCCCAUUAUCAACGACCAUCCAGAAGCGUUUCCAGACAAAUCUUUGCUCACCUUUGAGCAUUUCCUCAAUGCGACAUCCCUUGUAACAUCCCGUGCUUUUCAGGUGGAUGAAUAUCAUGGCGACUCAAUGGUACCUUUAGCCGAUAUAUUCAACCACAAAACAGGUGCAGAGCAUGUCCAUUUUGAAACCGAUACAGAUGUGUGCCCAUACUGUGGGGCAAAUGGGCCUUGUUGGUGUACUGGUUUGGAUGACGACGAGGACGAGGAUGGGAAUUGGGAAGACGUCUCAGAUGCUGACGAAGGAGAGAGUGACACGAAUACGAUCAAGAAAAAUAUCGGAAUUGAAAAUGGAGCGCAAGUUAACGGCGCUACGGAAAGCGAGGAUGCAGACGACGAAGUAGAGGAGCGAACACCUUCCCUUUAUGACCCCGAUGAGUGGGUUCGGGAUGACGAGGAGGUGGAUCUGGAAUCAUUCGAAGAAAACCCUCUCGCAGACACUAAUGAUGUACUGGAAAUGACCGUUGUACGGCCUUGCAAAACUGGCGAGGAGGUUUUUAAUACCUACGGGAAUCAUAGCAACGCUGCUCUUUUAAACAGAUACGGUUUUGCAGAAGAGGAGAACCCGUUUGAUGAGGUCAAAGUGUCCAUGGACGAUAUCGUGAUGAGUUUGGAAGGGAAGAUGCCAUUGAAAAGAAUACAAGAACGACAAGACUUUUGGAACUUGGUAGCACGGCGUGUGGUUGAAGACUUCCUUAGCGAUAAUGGUGCAGGCAGCGAGAGUGAGGAUGAACCUGAAUCUGAAAAUGAUGAGGAUAAGGUAGAUGACGAUGAAACAUCAGAAGGGUCUUCAGUUGCAGGGUCCGAAGACGAGGAGGACUCGUCGCAUGACAAUUUCCAUUUCACAUCCACGGGCCAAGCGUCACCGACCCUCUUCACAUUUCUACAUAUUCUCUACGCAGACCCGAAUCUUUUCUCUUCAUUGGUUGAGGAUGUAGAGAAGCUGCAACGCUAUGUUGCACAACUUGCAUCUGGUGGGUGGACCGUGAAAUCUGUGACACCUGCCAGUAAAGCGAACCGAAGAGUGGGGGGGAAAGUACCCGUUAAGGCGGCGGGUCCGUCGCCUCUCGGACGGGCUGUCUCAUCAACCCUUCUGUGGCUAGCGGAGAAAAGAAGUGCACGCUACACGACUGGUAUUCAAGAGGAUAAGAAACGAUUGCGUACACUGCCGGAGGGACCAUCCAAUCUCCGUUGGGCAUUGAUAUUACGAAUUGGAGAAAAGGCGGCUUUGGCACAAGCUGUGAAACGGUAUUCAAGUUUUGCGACUCCGCUAGGAAGCAAACGCAGAUAAACCGUUCUGAGUGUACCCCAUUCAAAAUCAUUUUAUUUAUACAUUAAGCUCCAGAAUAUCUAGAGAAUGUGAUUCACAGGCUUAGAUUUGGUUAAAUACGUUAUCUGCUACACGAUAUCUGGUCUGAUCUAAUAUAUACAAAAGCGAACCCGUGGUGCAG